GUAAUCUCCCAUAUGUUUGUUCAACCUUGACAUUUUUGACCUCUAGAUGGUGUAUUCAACUGACGAUAUCGUGGUAGCGACGAGCUUGCAGUCCUUUAAAUACAUAUUUGCCUCGACGGCUACAUUCUGGACCUAUGAUUAUGCAUGUUCGCUUCAUGAAGAGUGGACAUUUUUACUUCGAUCGCACUGGAGCAAGAUGAAAGGCCUGUAUAUUGUCACACGAUACCUCCCCUUUAUCUUUCUUGCCACGAAUCUAUAUAUGAGCGUUACCCCGAAUGAAAACCCAGCUAAAUGCCGGGUGUUGGCAAAUAUUGAAUCAGGUCUCGGCAUUGCAUUAGUCAUUUUAUCCGAAUGUUUUUUUAUUCUCAGAACAUAUGUGCUCUGGAACAAGAAUAGAAUCUUGCUCGCAGCCAUCCUGUGCACCUUGUUCAUUUUUGUCAUAGUAUCCUUCAGCGUUACCUUCGACACUACCGUCCCCGCAGCAUAUACGACUAGCGCGAUCCCGGGAAUCACAGGGUGCCACCGGAGUUCGACCAGUCACAGGCUCUUCAUACCAUUUCUUCUCUUUUCCGUAUUCGAACUGGGACUCAUGAUCCUCACGCUCAUACGUGCCAUACAGAGCUCGCGGACAAACCCAAGCCAUCUGUAUGCUGUUUUGCUGAACCACAACAUAUCCUAUUAUGCAUGCAGUCUUCUGUUUUCGGUGACGACCGUCUUCAUAUUGCUCCUCCUUCAGCACACCUACCAGACCAUUUUGGAUAGUUUCCAGUUUACGAUCCUUGCAACCCUCGCCACGCGCAUGCACCUGCAUCUCUGGCAGGUGAAUCGGCAUCCACACGGCUCUACUAGUGCCCUCGUGCAUAUUCCAAUGUCCGACAUUUCAUUUGCAAAUCCCAUGGAGUGAUUUCUUAUUCUGUGGCUUAUCGGUGUCGUUCGUGGAGCGAGGCUUGGACCGUACAAGAUGACUGAUGGGGUGGGCUUGAUAGAGUUGUGUUACGUGCUGAAUUUAUAGGAUGAGUCUGUCGCGGGUGGUAGGGGAAUUUGAAUAUCCUUGAUCUAUUUAACACCUGUAUUUUCCACUGCAAGCGGUGGCGUCUAUCCUCAAUGCGAUAGCACUCAAGCAAGGUUUGAAGGACUCUCGCCCACACAUACCUGCAUGUAUGAACCGGUGUUGCAACCCGAGCCAUGUCUCACCAAGUCGAGCCGAGCCCCCAGGUCACGGCCUGCACAAGACUUGGGCUCGAAUUUUGCAAAAGCCCAAGCUGGAAGUUUGUCAUCUAUUCGUG